AUGUUGAUGGAGGACAAAACUAUGGGAUUAAAACCUAAAGACAGGUGGACCGAAUCUGAUAAGGCUGCUUCGAAAUUCAACUCUAAAGCUCUCACUGUCAUAUUCUCAGCUGUAGACUUGGAUCAAUUCAAGAUCAUCCAGGGAUGUGAGUCAGCCAAAGAGACUUGGGAUACUCUGAUCAAUCACUUCGAAAAAAAUACCAGUGUGCGAAGAACUAGGAUUGAUCAUUUGGCUUCAAGUUUUGAAAAAUUGAGAAUGGGAGAUGAUGAACCCAUUGAUGGUUUUAUAUCCAAAAUCAGCGAGCUAGCCAGCGAGUCUUCUGUUCUCGGAAAGAAGUAUGAAGAAAAGGAUCUGGUGAAGAAGCUACUGCGAUGUCUGCCUCCUCGAUUUGAAGCUUACAAAGCUGUGCUUAACAUCGCUGUGGACACUGACGAGAUGAAGCUUGAUCAACUAUCUGGUAUCUUGAAGGUUCAUGAUCUUGAAAAGACUGAUCGACUAUCAAACACUCCUAAGAGUAUAGCCUUCUCGACUGAAUCUAAAGGAGAUGACAGAUUUGCAAAGAUUGAGGAUAACUUGAGAUUAAUGGCACGGAAUUUCAACAAGUUUGUUAAGCGUAUGGAGAAAGGUGGAGGCAGAUCAAAUGGACGCUUUCAAAAGAAUGAAUCUGAGCCUUUCAAUUCUCAAACCUCAAGGUCUAAUACUGCUAAAAAUUCAAGAAGGAAAGAACUUCAGUGUCAUGAAUGUGAAGUAUUUGGUCACUUUCGAAGUGAGUGUCCUCUGGCUAAGGGAAAGGAGCUUAAGUGCAUUGAUUGCAAAGGCUUUGGACAUACUCGUAGUGAAUGUCCGAACAAUUUGAAAAUGGACAAAUCGCUUGUGUGUUUCAGUGACACAGACUCAGACAGUAACAGUGAUGGUGAAGAACUGCUCUUAAACUUCGUAGCAUUCGUUGCUCAAGAUGAUGCGGGAGAUAACAAACCAGCUGAGGGUCCUGAAAAUGAAGAGGAUGGUGAUGAUCUUAUUCCAGAUCUUGAAGCAGAAUACAGAUCACUUUUUAACAAAUUUACUGAGCUAAGUCAUGAGAAUCUGCAACUACUCAAAGACAGAGCAAUGCUGAAAGCUCAGGUCAAUAUUCUGGAGUUGGAGCAACCCAGCAUCCAGUCAUCUUCUCAAUCUGGGUCAAAGGAAUCUGAUCAAGAAAUUCAGUCUCUUCGAAAAACAGUGUCUGACCAAGAAAAAAAUCAGAAACAAUCUGAGGUCAAGUUUAAGCAACUGAAUGAUCUUCUUGUUCAGGAGAUGGACAAGAGCAAAUUACUUGAAAGUCAACUCACUGAAAACUAUAAGAAGCUGAGGAUGCUCAAUACUAGUACCUCGACUCUCGAUCAUCUACUAACUUUGGGUCAGAGUUCGAAAGCACAUUGGGGCUUAGGAUAUCAAAGGCCUGCAUCAAAGACAGUUGCUACAGGUGAGAAAAUAGUCUUUAUAAAAGAGGCACCAAGCGAAAAACUUGAGAAGAACUGCGUAGCGGCUAAACCUGCCUCAGUGAAUGUCAGAACCGAAAACAAGGUUGUGUCAAAACAACGAGGGAAUGGUUGUCUUUUCUGUGGCAAACGAGGGCACAAUGUCAGGUUUUGCUAUUUCCGUAUGCAUCAGUACGAACGAGCUUGGAGACUAAACCUCUGCCAUAUAGAACCCAACAACUAUGGUCAUGUUUGGAUAACAAAACGAGACUUAUAUCCUAACUACAAGGAGCACAUUCAAAAGGUGUCACACAUGGAGCCUGUUGUGUCAAACACUGCGACAGAGCACAAUACGGUAUGUAAUAUGGCACGCAUACAUGAGGAGAAGGUGUCACACAUGGAGCCUGUUGUGUCAAACACUGCGAUAGAGCACACUCCGGUAUGUAAUAUAGCACGCAUACAUGAGGAGCCGGCUCUGAUUAGCAAUGUCGCCUAUACUAGUACUGAACACAACAAUCCAGACAGUCCUCCUUGGUAUUUCGACAGUGGAUGUUCUAGGCAUAUGACCGGAAAUCAAGACUACUUCGAUAAAAUUCAGUGUGUGAAAGGUGGUAAAGUUACUUUUGGUGAUGGAAGCUAUGGCAAAAUUCGAGGAGUUGGUGUAAUGGAGAGAGAUGAUCUUCUUCGUCUUAUAAAUGUAUACUUUGUGGAUGGACACAAGGCCAAUCUAAUCAGUGUGAUUCAGCUCUGUGACGAAGGGUUGGAGGUUAUCUUCAACAGCAAAUAA